AAGCCGCCUCGUGCUAGUUCCCGCGGGAAAGGAGGGCUUGUCUCGCGAGAUUUCUGAGGGGCGCGGGACCAGGGAGGAGGAGCCAAAGGGGAGAGGGACUCGACCGCGGAAAUUGCGGGGGGAGCAGGCUCGUUUCCGUAGCAACCUGCUCUGUUGACGUCGCCCGGCGGCGGCGGCGGCGGCCCGGCGCAGGUUGGUGCUCGGCGCCGGGGUCUGGAAGAAGGGCUCCGGGAGAUCGUCGUUGUUCGGCCUGGGUGGGACCUCGCCCCCCGCGGGCACCAUGCGCAAGCUGGGCCUGCAGCGGGACCUGGCCGAGGCGGCUGCUCUGGAGCGGAGGCGGCGGGGCGAGCUGCACAGGCAGAGCCGCAUCUUCGACGCCCGAGUCAGGACCGUCGGGGUUGAUAAGGAUGCUUUGGAUACUCAGAUCAAUGAUAAGAAGAUUCAAGAGGCAAAUGAGAAAGCACGACAUGAAACAAUUGCUGGUGAAAUGACGCAAAAUGACAAGAUCAUCUGUAUGUUAGAAGGACGACAGAAACAGGACAUCAAAAACCUAAACAAAGCUGUUACUGAGUUUCAACAGAAUUUUCAGAAGCCAGAAACUCGGCGUGAGUUUGAUUUGUCUGACCCACAGGCCCUGAAGAAGGAUACUCCUGCUCGCCUCUCUGACAAUGACCCUCGAUGUACUGUAUCUGGCUUGCAGAAGUUUCUAGGAGAAGAUUUAAACCAUGAUCAGAGGGUGAAAUUUCAAAAGGAGCAGUCAAGAGAAUGGUCUCUACAGCAACAGAGAGACUGGAAGAAUGCAUUAGCAGACCAGAAAUUUGCAGAGGAUCUCCAUGACAAGAAUAGGAUAGAGCUAGAUCAAAAAGCCAUGGAACUACAAAGAAAAGACGUAGAAACCAGACAAGCUGUUUGUGCAGCUAUCAAGGAUUUUAAUAGAACCCAGGCUGUAGAAUUUGCCGAAAGAAAAAUGCUAGAAAAGCGUCAGGAAGAAGAAGAUAAUGUGGCUGAAAUUUCCAACCUCCUUCAAGGAGACUUGCUUACUGAAAACCCAGAACAAGCAGCCAGUUCGUUUGGGCGACAUCGUGUGAUUACUGAUCGAUGGAAAGGAAUGAACCAGGAUCAGUUGAAGGCAAUACAUUACACUCAACAACAACAAGUUUUGGAGAAACUGAGGCUGCAGGAGGAAGAACGGCAAAGAAAUGCAGAGUGGGACAGGCAACGUAUACAGGCUGCCAGAGCACAACUUCUUUUUGAGCGCCAUCAACAGCGACUAAAUCGAGAACUUCGCAGAACUCUGGAUAAUGCUAAUGCACAACUCUCCCAGGAGCAGAAAUCAAAGUAAAAAAAUUUAUCUUCAGGAGGAAGUGUAUUCAAAUUUUCCAACAGUCCAAUAUUUCACACAGUUUAAUACAACUAGCCGGUGACAUAUGAGACACAUCAUCCACUCUCUGAAAUAUAAAUUUAUGUAAGGUUUGUAAAAAUAUUAAAGUUUGAUUAACUUUCACUGCUUUACUAUGUUUUUCCCCAAAUUUCCAGUUAAGAUAUUUGUGCAUUAAAACAAACCCAUAUCUUCCUGAUGGCACAUACUUGUAAGUCAUAAGCCUGAUGAUUGUUAUUCCUUGUAAUUAAUGAGAAAUAUAGAGAUUUGCUGCUAAUUCAUGUUUUUGGUUUGGGGAAUAUUUUUAUAAUUAACGGUUCUCAGGAGGAAAAGGAAAAUAACCGCAAAUAACACUGAAGUGAUUAUUUGAGUGCUAAUUUAGAGACGUUAUUGGACCAAAUCAAUUCCUGGAGUGAUUCCAUCCUAAUGGAAUUUAGCCCAUUGUGGGAGAGAGAGAGAUUUUUUUUAAUUUGUAUUUCAGAUUCUUUUACUACUCAUUUUUAUGCAUUGAAGUUCA